UCACGUUCUUCAAAGAAACCACCGAUGGUGCUUCAAACUCUUCUCAUUCUUUCUGCAGCUCUUGCCCUCUUCCAUAUUUCUAAAGCGUUCUUGGUUUUGGCAAAAUGGGUUUGGGCUUCCUUCCUGCGUCCAGUGAAGGAUCUCAAAGAGUACGGGUCAUGGGCCAUAGUUACAGGACCGACUGAUGGCAUCGGGAAGCAGCUUGCCUUCCUCUUGGCUCGACGCGGCCUCAACUUGGUCCUAGUUGGUCGCAACCCAUCUAAGCUGAGCUCAGUCUCUAAUGACAUACUCAAACUACACAGCUCUAUAGAAACAAAGAGCAUUGUGGUUGAUCUUGGGACUGAGGUCGACAAAGGGAUGAAGAAGAUCAAGGAAGGGAUCAGUGGCCUGGAUAUUGGUAUAUUGAUCAACAACGCAGGCACUGGCUAUCCUUAUGCCAGGUUCUUGCAUGAAGCAGAUGAAGAGUUGGUCGAGAGGAUCAUCAGAGUGAAUGUGGAGUCCACUACUAAGCUCACCCACCUUGUGCUGCCUGAGAUGCUGAAGAAGAAGAAGGGAGCGAUUGUCAACAUUGGCUCUGGUGCUGGAUCUCUUGUGCCUUCCUAUCCUCUCAACACCGUCUACGCAUCUACAAAAGCAUAUAUUGCUCAUUUUUCCAAAAGUCUUCACGUCGAAUACAAACAAUUUGGCAUUGAUGUACAGUGUCAGGUUCCAAUGUUUGUCGCAACAAAAAUGGUCGCCAAGAAACCGUCCUUCUUAGUGCCGAGGGCCGAUGAGUUCGCUAAGAGUUGCAUAGCUUGGAUCGGCUACGAGUCUCUGUGUGUCCCUUAUUGGCCUCACUUCUUGCAUUCGCUUGCCCUCAGCCAGCUUCCUGAUGCUCUGCUCAACUGGUGGUUGUUUCACCUCUUCCUUGGCCUCAGGAAGAAGGCACAGAUGAAGGACCAAACCAAGUGAUCAUACGUACAAGAAGUGAGGGAGUGUGCUGAAUUAUGCUUCCAAAAUGGCACAGAUUGCUCGCCUUCAAUACUUCCCUUUGAUAUUAUGUUAUAUAUUUUCCUGUGGUGCUGUGUUAUCCCAAUGAAUGUCCCUUAUAUGGUCAGGUGUUUCCUGAUUAGGAGUUGCAAGUUGUCCAAAUCUGGUUUAUGGAUUUUGUCAAUUUCUAAGCAUAUGGAAUCCGAUUCCUAUC